UGGUUCGUUACCCUCUCGGUUACGCUACUGCAUCAUCAGCCAUCACUUAUGGACAUUGUAGGGCCAAUGUUGCUUUCGCUUGGUAUGCUUCUAAACAAGAGCGGAGCCUCAUACAUGUCCAGAUUGAGAAUCGAGCAGAUGCUGUACGACCACCUCUGGUCGACUGUUUGUCAGCGAUGGGUGCUGCCACAAGCUCUACAACGGCAGGCAAUUGAGGUAUAUAUAUUGCCAUCUUAACAGACAGACUGCUCUGCUCUUCAUCAACCAGAUGUCCCAGCAGUCGAAACAUACACACAGGUUUCUCAAGUAUUUCCACCUCCAAAACCUAGGCCAUCCAACCGGUUCAGCAAUUCAAGUAGAACAGACAUUAACACCAGCCCAUACCGAAGAAAUGGCUCAACAGUAUUUGAAGGGCAAGGUUGCCAUUGUGACGGGCGCCGGAAAGCUCAAUGGAAUUGGUGCGGCGAGUGCAAUUGCGCUUGCAGAGCAGGGUGCCGACGUCGCCAUCCAUUACAAUAGCUCGGCCGGACCAGCAGAAGAGACAGUCGCCAAGCUCAAGAGUCUCGGAGUUCGAGCUGUUGCAAUCAAAGCCGAUGCUGGCGCCGCUGAUUUUGGCAAAGUUCUCGUCGACGGAACCCUGAAGGCAUUCAACACCCAGUCCAUCGAUAUCAUCGUCAACAACGCCGGCACGGCCGUCGUGAACGCUGAAGGCAUUGCUUCCGUGGGCCUUGAGGACUGGGAUUCGGUCUUUCAUAUCAACGUUCGUGGUCCUUUCUUGUUGAUUCAAGCUGCUCUUCCAUACAUGAAGGCAGGAGGACGCAUCGUCAACAUUUCCAGCGUCAUUGCCAGGCUGGGUUCGUUCAUGCUGCCGGUGUACGGUGCUUCUAAGGGAGCUUUGAAUGCUAUGACCAUUGCCAUGUCCGAAGAGCUGGGCCCCAAGGGCAUUACCAUCAACAUCGUCGCUCCAGGGCCAAUCAAGACUGAUCUCAGCAUGGAAGGUUCCCCAGUUGGGGCGAGACUGCGGAACAAUGCGCAUAUCAAGAGGGAGGGCACCGCAAAGGAGGUGGGAGAUACGGUGUUGUUCAUGGCAAGCCCGUUUUCCAGCUAUAUCACUGGGCAGCUAAUUGGGGUCGAUGGCGGUAUUAGUUUCCCAUGAAUGAGAGGCCAUGAAGACUCGGUGACGUGCUUAGGCACAAGCAAUUUCGGGCAUGAAAGUCGGAUAAGAAAGAAGUGAUCGUGGAAAAGCAAUCAUAGGAUCACACCACCAAUGACAACCCAGUCUGAAGCGUGUUUAAGCUUGCAAUCGUUGCAUUUCCUGAUCCCAUGAGUACUACAAUAUCGAAUCCUUUCACGACCGGGAAUACUG